UUACUCAUGCCUCCAUUGCCGCCAAUCCCUCCUCUUACGCUGUCGUCGUCGUCGACCCUCUCCCCUCUCUAGAAUCGUAACAUUAUUACCCGCUAAUGGUUAAUAAUGGUGAAGUACAAAGCCAACUUCUUAUAAUGGGUAAAAUUCUAAAUUUCUGCCUUAGAAAGAUAGUGGAUCCAAUCUUUGAAGUGGUAAACGGAGGAAGUCCAAUAUUAAAACUGGUAAUAAUUGGCAGAAAUCUCAUGAAAUCAAAAUUUACUCCUAGAUGACUUGCUAAUUGGUGCUAAAUUCAUCGAGGCACGCGAACUCAAAUCAAGAUCUCUUCUUAUGAGUUUGCUUGGCGGAGCUCGAUUCGCUGCGUCGCUGAGCCUGAGUAAUCGAUUCGUGCUGGGCGGUGGCGUGGUCGGAGGGAUCUGAAUCCUAGCGCCGUCCGUAUCUGAAACCCGCGCCGGCGAGCUGCUCGGCGCCUCGGUGGCAUGGGUGGCUGGAAAGCGGGGGAGAGGAGAAGCAGCGGAGAUAUGAACGGAGGCGGCGGCAGCAGCCGGGACGAGUUCGGGCGGGCGGUGGCGCGGGCCGCGGUGGCGCAGGCACUGCAGGCCGCGGGGUUCGAUUGCGCGCACCGCUCCGCGGUGGACGCGGUCGUCGACACCGUCCUGCGCUAUAUCACCCACCUGGGCCGGUCUGCCGCCUUCCACGCCAACCUCGCCGGCCGCGCGCACGCUAAUGAGCUAGACGUCAUCCAGGCGCUCGAGGAGGUCGGCGCCGACACGUAUGGUUUCGCUGGCGCGGCAACCACGGGCCACUGCCUCGUCGGCUCUGGCGUCGUCAAGGACCUCAUGGCGUUUGUCCAUUCCAAGGACGAGGUGCCGUUCGCGCGGCCGCUGCCUAGGUUCCCCAUCCAGCGCGUGGAGCCGCAGCCUUCUGCCAGCUUCACUGUGACUGGGAGGGAGACUGGGAUGAAGCACGUGCCGGAGUGGCUGCCUGCUUUCCCAGAUCCGCACACCUAUGUGACGACGGAGGUGUGGGUUGAGCCGCCGGCGACCAAGGACAGGGUUGACAAAGUGGAGCAGGUGCGGCAACGAAGGAAAGCUGAGAAGUCCCUGCUCAGCCUGCAGCGAAGGCUGGCUAUGGCUGGUGCGGAUAGGUUUCGUCCAGCUGUGGCACAUGAUAAUGCGCUGAAGGGGAAGGAGAUACAGGCAGCUGGGACGAAGAGAAAUCCAUUUCUUGAGCCAGCAUUGUUACCUGGACAGAAGGAUGUAUCAGAGGUUGAUAUGCCUCCGGAAAAGAAGAAAUUCUCUGUCCUUGAGGCAUUUGCACCAGCUAUUCAAGCUAGAACCAUCAGGGAGAUUGAUGCUAGUGCUGGGUUGGAUCAAAAUCAAAGGAACAUUGUUCCAAAAGAGAGGGCUCCAGUUCAUCUUAAGAUUGGAUUUAGUAAUAAGUCAUUAGCAGCAGCUCAGAAUUCAAGAGCCCUGGAUCUGAGGGAUGAUCUUUUCUUCUUGAAAGAGGAAACAAAGGAUGAUAAGAAGCGGAGAGCGGGCAUGAUAUUAAGGGCAUCAAUGGAGAACCCACAAGAACUUCCUCAGCUCUAAAGUUGUUUAUGGAGGAAGUCUGGUACUAAUAGUGGAGUCGCAUCGUGUUGUUGUGAUCAUGGAACUUCAGUUUCUAGAAUCUUGAGGCCAUGUGUCUGUGAUGCAACCUUCCUCAGAAGCUUAACCUGCACCCAUCUCCCGACUUUACAUUUUCCUCGAAUCACCAGGCGUUGAUAAUUCAGCAGUGCUGUAACUGUAGUUCAACAAUCUCACUGCAUUGAAACAUGCUUCUGCUGGUAUUUUAUAUGUAAGUGUUAGUGGGUUGUUUCAAAGGGAGCUGAUUUGUUAGGCCGUGGUUCCUCCGCAGACAUGGCAUCCAAAGGAAUGAUGCUCUAGAGUUACAUUUUUGUAGCUGUAUUGGAUAGAGAUGUUUGUACAAAAGCUAACUUUAUUCUUCUGACCAAGACUGGCCACAGACAGGGUUGAUAUACCUAGUGGGUUACUCUAAAGAGCCAGCUUCUGUGUGCAGUAUGUUGGUCUAAUACUGCAAUAAGACCCCCCACACUAUUGCUGUGUUUGGGACAAAAACACUUUCCAGAUAUCUGAUGGACUUGUCUACGAGGAUUGGUUGUUUCUAGUUGAUGUCGUGCUUCAUAGUUGGAGAUUGGGACUGUAGUAUGACCCCCCCCCCCCCCCCCCCCCACCCAAGUCUAACCUGAGCAUUCCUGAAUGAACUUUCAGAUAUUUAAGAAGGCGCGUGUUGAAAUGUGUCUGGAGCUUGUACAUUAGUCUGUGUGUUUGCGUGGAGUGUGAAGAUCUUGAGAGAUAGCAUGCUGGCUUGUUGUGUGUAUGGAGCUUGUGUAUUCCCGUGGAUAUUUUGUGUGAAGAUCUUGAAUGGCAGCGUGCAGAUGUGUUUCUG